UCAAGUCCUCAACUGCCCAAACCCGAAGGCCGUGUAUUUGUGCGAGGACUACACUCCACCUGAAAAUCAAUAUGGAGUAACAAUAGUAGGAUGGCAAUGUUGAUAACGGCCAGAGAAGUUUCUUCCCUAUCUCAAGGUUUCAUCUUCAACUCUCCAAGCCCCCUUAUUCCCCGGAGAAACCAAAACAGCCGACUCAUCUGUCGAGCGAGCGGCCUCCGUGUCCAUGGAAAGCGGAAUCUUGCUCUCCUUAAUCCCAAAAGCAGAUGUGAUCAGGUAAGCACUGCUUGGGAAAGUGCAAUAGAGUUUGUACUGGAAGCAUUUAAAAGUACCUCAGAUACCAGAAAAGAGAGAACUUCCUCUGCAAGAAGAGUUGCCGCUGCAAUUGAGGAUACUAGUAUUGAUUUUGGGGACUUCUUCAAAGGCCCUUUACCAGGGAAAUUUCUCAAACUUUUGGGUUUUUUGGCAUUGUCAAGAUUUGGUAUAUAUGUACCACUUGGUGGGGUUAAUAGGGACGCAUUUGCUGGCAAUUUAGAUCAGAAUAGUAUAUUGAGCACUUUGGAUUCAUUUUCUGGAGGCGGGAUUGGUAGACUUGGAAUAUGCUCCCUCGGUAUUGUUCCUUUCAUCAAUGCACAGAUUGUCUUUCAGCUUCUUGGUCAAAUCAAUCCCAAGCUGCAAGAACUUCAGAAAAGAGAAGGUGAGGCUGGAAGGAAGAAAGUGCUUCAGUAUACCCGCUAUGCAUCUGUAGGGUUUGCCAUAGUACAGGCAAUUGGGCAAGCAUUGUACCUUCGGCCUUAUGUGGAUGACUUCAAUACUCAGUGGGUUCUUUCUACUGUUGCUCUAUUGACUCUUGGUUCAAUAUUUACAACAUACAUCGGAGAAAGAAUAUCCGACUUAAAACUAGGAAAUGGCACAUCUCUUUUAAUAUUCACAAAUAUCAUCUCCUACUUGCCAGCAUCCUUUGGUAGGACAGUUGCAGAGGCAUAUCAAGACGGUAACUAUGUUGGGCUUGCUGGAAUUGUUAUUUCCUUCAUCCUUUUAGUCCUCAGCAUAGUUUAUGUACAGGAAGCAGAGAGAAAAAUUCCACUUAACUAUGCCUCAAGAUAUACUAGCAGGACUGGAGGCACGCAGAAAUCUGCGUACCUGCCCUUUAAAGUAAAUGGUUCAGGAGUUAUGCCAAUUAUCUUCUCUACAUCAUCUAUGGCUCUUCCGGGCACUCUCGCACGAUUCACUGGUGUGGAAGUGCUAAAAAAUACAGCAGCCGCUUUAACUCCAGCUGGUUCCCUGUAUCUCCCAACAAAUGUGCUUUUGAUUGCCUUCUUCAAUUACUACUACACCUUCCUGCAACUGGACCCUGAUGACGUGAGCGAACAACUGAAGCGACAAGGUGCUUCCAUCCCACUUGUCCGCCCUGGAAAAAGCACUGCCGCUUUCAUCAGAACAGUUUUAAGUCGAAUAUCAGUGCUUGGUUCUGUGUUUUUGGCUCUUCUGGCUGCUGGACCUGUUGUGAUUGAGCAAGGGACACACCUUACUGCUUUUCGGGGGUUUGCAGGCACAUCUGUUCUUAUUCUUGUUGGCUGUGCAACCGACACGGCGAGGAAAGUGCAGGCUGAGAUCAUAUCCCAGAAAUACAAGAACAUUGAAUUUUAUGACGUUGACAAGCAUGUACCAUAAAUCAAUCGUAAUAACAAAUUUUGGGAUGGUCCUUGGUUGGCGAUCGGUUUUUUCUUUGUACCAUGAAGUGGGGUUUAAUGCACCAGACCCCCUCGUGAUAUAUAAAUUCAGCGCUUUAGCUUCCUGUAAUUUGAAAAAUGCAUCAACCCCCCGUGUUUUAAUUAAUCAUGUCUAGAACCCCUUUUAUGACUAAAUUUAAUGAUUUUGAGAUCACUUUUCCUAAUAUUCUGAUUGAAUAUGCUAGUAAAUAUGUCAAAAUCUCUAAAUCAUACAAAAAUGUUAAUCAUUUUUCUUAUAUUUGACAACUGAAUUUGUUCAUAGAAGGGAUUUUGCGCAUAAUUAUAUAAAACACAAGGGAGUUUGACGCAUUUUUUAAAUCACAUGGGGCUAAUACGCUGAAUUUCCAUAUCACAGGGGUAUUUGGUGCAUUAAACCCCCAUGAAGUGUGACACAAGAUUCCAUUCUGAUUUUUUUGUUAGAUCAUUACCGUAACAUAUCAGAUUUGUAUAUCAUGCUACUAGUGUAGCCUGAAACUGUAUAUAUGUAAUAUGUAAUAUUGUUAUGCCCUAUAUGUAAUAUUGGUGUCAUUGAAAAUUGUUAUGUCUAAUUAUUUUUUUUAAUAUUAUUAUGCCCU